GUGUAAAGUCUACUUUGUACGCGCGGAAAAAUGAUCAUACUAUCAUCCCUCUCUCCUUUACUCAUUCUUUACAUUAUACCACACUCCCUAAAUUUUCUAGCACUUAAACCCUAAUUGAUCAAAAUCUCUGUAAUCAAGGGCUACGGUUCUCAAUUUUGCCACUUUUUAUCAACAAAUUCAUCGAAUGAUUAUUAAUGAUCGUCAAUUAUAUUAUCAUAAUCGUAAUUUAGGUUCUGUUUUCUGAUUCGGCUUUCAAUGUCAUCGGUAGGUACAACUCCGACGACGCCGCAUUAUCACUUUGAUAAUUUACCUUUGAAGCGCAAACUGGAAGAUUUCGAUUCCACUUUAACUCGAAUUCGCAAGAAUUCGAGUUCCAAUUGCAAGGGAAAAUCGGUAAUUGAUCAUGAAUUUGAAUCACCGACUUUUGAAAAUAGUGGAAAUCAUUUCCUACGAGGUGAAUCAAGCAAUUCAAAUUAUGAGUCUACGAUUUUUCCGCUGCAAUUCUUUGUUAGGAUGAUAUCUGGUGGAAAAACCCUAGUUUUACGCGCGAAUUUGGAUGAUACAGUGGAGAUGGUUCACCAGAAAAUUCACAAGAUUACAGGAAUUCCAGUGAUGGAGCAAGGGCUGAUAUAUAGAGGGAAACAGUUGCAGUGGGAGCAGACAUUGAAGCAGUGUGGAAUUCAGAAUGAUGCAGGGCUUCAAUUGGUGGGGAGAAUGCGUAGCACCAGUGAUCCUCGAGCUUGGACGGUAAUUACCGAAUUAGUUUCGAGUAUUUGUAGGAUUUGUAGGAAAGAAUUACCCUUUGUUGAUCCUCGUAUUGUUAAGAUUAAGUUGGAACAGUUUAUGGAACUACCACUUGAUAAAGGAACUGACACUCCUUUUAUAUCCAAUAAUAACAAAAAAGUGAUGAAGAGUAAAGAGGAAAGAAUACCUAACAGUAGUGAUGAUGAAGAAGAUGAGGAUCAUAAGAAGAAUAAGAGUGAUUAUUGUAAGAUUUUUAUGGAUGCUUGUGCUCCUCAUAGUUUAGUCAUGCUUUAUGUGUCGAAGGAGAAGCGAAAUCAGGAGUGUGCGGAUGAAUGUAUCAGGUGUUUUCUGAAUUUCGUGAAUGAUUUUAAUGGGAAUUGUAGUGAGAGGGCUUAUUGUGCUACGACCGUAUUGGAAUUCUGUAAAUUGCUUAGGAUGAUGGUGCCAGAAGAUGACUUGUUGUAUAUACAUUGCAGGAGCAGUCUUGGGUCAAUGCUGGCAAACGUCGAAGUGGGGCAUAAGCAUUACAGAGUGUGCGGUCGUGAUGGGUCUGAAAGGGAGAUCGUGGUUGCUAUUGGAGACGUGUUUCUUUUUUUGAAGGAAGUAGAGCAGAGGAUAUUUAAGGACUUGGUGUUGACUGUUGAAUCUGAUAGCAGCAUUGGGCCUUUGAAACGAGAUGUGUGUGAUUUCUCUGCUUUUUUGCAGCCUGUGUUGUGCUUCAUUGGGAGGGAACUUACUGCAGCAGCAAAUUCACGAAAGGCUAAAGGAAGAACUAGGCCUUUGGCUCAGGAGGUUGAUCUUCUCUUUUCACUAUUCACUGAGUUGAUUUGUUGGAUUGAUGAAUGUCUUAAGAAACUGGAGCGAUGCCUGGCCGUAAAGAAGGAAAAUGAUGUGAUUAAUCAAAGUGGUUGGGCUCAGUGUCUUGCUAUUCUAAAAGAAUUGCAUAGCAUUUCUCUUCUUUAUCCAGGUUCAGAAGAUCGGUUUUGGACCAUAAUGAGACAGAAUAAGACAGCUGUCAGCGGCCUUAUUGUUAGAUAUGCUAAGCGUGCGGAUGACAAUAGUUGGCUGCUGAAGCAUAAGGAUAUCCUGGAUUUUGAAUCAAGGAGGCACUUAGCAAUGUUGCUGUUCCCGGAGGUGAGAGAAGAUUAUGAGGAAUUACACGAGAUGUUAAUUGACAGGUCCAGUUUGCUGGCCGAAUCCUUUGAGUAUAUAUCUAAUGCACCGAUAUCUUCACUGCAUGCUGGUCUCUUUAUGGAAUUCAAAAAUGAAGAAGCUACGGGUCCGGGCGUUUUGAGGGAGUGGUUUUGCUUAGUAUGCCAAGCAAUUUUUGAUCCAAAAAAUGCCCUUUUUGUUGCUUGCCCUUUGGACCGUCGAAGGUUCUUCCCUAGUCCAGCAUCUAAGAUACAUCCCCUACAUCUUCGGUACUUCCAAUUUUCGGGUAGGGUGAUUGCUUUGGCCAUGAUGCAUAAGAUUCAAGUUGGUGUUGUUCUGGAUCGUGUCUUUUUCUUGCAGUUGGCUGGAAGAAAAGUUUCCAUGGAAGAUAUACGGGAGGCAGAUCCAUGUAUAUAUAAUAGCUGCAAACAAAUAUUGGAGAUGGAUGCUGAAUUUGUGGAUUCUGAUGGUUUAGGAUUGACUUUUAGUACUGAAGUCGAAGAGCUAGGAACAAGGAAGGUUGUGGAACUAUGUCCUGGAGGGACAGGCAUUGUGUUGAACAGUAAGAACAGGCAGAAAUAUGUCGACCUGAUUGUUCAGCAUCAUUUUGUCACAUCUGUUGCUGAACAAGUGUCCUGUUUUGCUCAAGGUUUUGCUGACAUUCUUGCUGAAGGAAAACUUCGAGAAACCUUUUUUGAAAGUUUAGAGCUGGAAGACCUCGAUUCGAUGUUGCUUGGAAGUGGAAGUGAUGUAUGUGUCGAAGAUUGGAAGUUACAUACUGACUAUCAUGGCUAUAAAAAGUCCGAUCCUCAGAUGGUUUGGUUUUGGGAGGUGGUUGGACAAUUAAACGCUGAGCAAAAAAAGACACUUCUUUUCUUUUGGACAUCAGUGAAGUAUCUUCCUGUGGAAGGUUUUCGCGGUUUGGCAUCUCGUUUGCAAAUCGACAAAUGCUUGGAGUCUCAAGAUCACUUACCCUCAUCCCAUACAUGCUUUUACCGUAUUUGUAUCCCAGAGUAUCCAUCAAAGGCUGUCAUGCGAGAACGUCUCCUUGUGGUCACUCAAGAACAUGUAAGCUGCAGCUUUGGUACUUGGUGAUUUUGAUGUUAUAAGCUAGCUGUGGACAUUGGUAUAUGCACAUAAAAAAAGAAGGCUUUAAUUUAGAGUUUGUACAGAUUUAUUAGUUAGUUUCUGACUUGCAAGUUCGUUCCAUAGAAAUGGUGCUUUUGCCUUUGGCAAAGUUCGGAAGUAAUUAUGUCCAUUCACCAGGAAAGAAUGUAUUGUAAAGAGUUCACUUAGUCGAAAAUUGCUGCUCCAAAAUUUCUUAUCUGCGUCUUUUAAGCAAAAUUUUCUGUC